CCCCGGAAGUGGCGAGGGCGGGGUCAGCGCUGCCGGGUGAGAUCAGCGGCCCAGCAAAGAUGCUGCUGGACCUGUCGGAGGAGCAUAAGGAGCACCUGGCCUUCCUGCCGCAAGUGGACAGCGCGGUGGUCGCCGAGUUUGGGCGAAUUGCGGUGGAGUUCCUGAGACGAGGCUCGAACCCCAAGAUCUACGAAGGCGCUGCCAGAAAACUCAGUGUGAGUAGUGACACAGUCCAACAUGGUGUGGAAGGAUUAAUAUACCUCCUCACUGAAAGCUCAAAGCUCAUGAUUUCUGAACUGGAUUUCCAAGACUCCGUCUUUGUUCUGGGAUUCUCUGAAGAAUUGAACAAAUUAUUGCUUCAGCUUUAUCUGGACAACAGAAAGGAGAUCAGAACUAUUCUGAGUGAAUUGGCACCAGACCUUCCCAGUUACCACAGCCUUGAAUGGAGACUAGAUGUACAGCUUGCAAGCAGAAGCCUCAGGCAGCAGAUUAAACCAUCAGUGACUAUAAAGCUGCACCUUAAUCAGAAUGGAGAUCACAACACCCAAGUUCUGCAGACAGACCCAGCCACCCUGCUCCAUUUGGUUCAGCAGCUGGAACAAGCAUUGGAGGAAAUGAAAACAAACCACUGCAGAAGAGUUGUGCGCAAUAUCAAGUAGUCCCAGUUUUAAGGUUUGAAUCACUUGUGAAUUGAUAAUAUAUAAGAUACUUUUCAAAAUUAAUUUUUUAUGAAUUGAUAGUGAUAAAUACAUAGAGAUUUCGUAAAAAUUUCUUUUCCCACGUUAAGACAUUGAAGUCAUGAUCAAAAGCUAAGCAGAGUUCCUUUCCUGGUGCUAAAUGUGGUCGGCUUCUUGACAAUCAAGAUAUAUUUUAUAUUUUCAAUGUGUGAAUAGGAUUGAAUCAACUGGAAGUGAAUCUAUACUCUUUAAAUCCUCUGUAUACAUAAAUGACUAUCCUUUUUUUUGAUGCUUCUUUUGACUACUUACUUUAUUAUUUUCCUCCUUAUUGACCUAAAAUUGAAAAUAAAAUUCAUAAUGUAAUACUAUUACUAUUCAGAAUAUUUCUAGACAGUUUAAUGUUUUUGAACUUUAAAAGCACUCCAUGAUAUUAAUAGCCACAGAAUAGUUAAAAGUGAAUAUGAAUUUUUUUAAAUGCUAUAUUGUUUAGGCAGUUCAUGCAUUUUUCUUUGCAUAUGAAGAUAGUUAAGUACUUACCAUAUUGCUUAAGUUUAAGUUGUCAUGGCUAAUAAGCUUAAAUAGUACUCAGAUUUUUGUGACUGUAUUGCAUUUUAUCAAGGACUACUUUUUUUCCCUAAUACCCAAAGCAUCUAAGAGAAAGUAUAAAGAGGGCAAAGAGAGGCCAUGUUUACUACAUUCCAAGCAAAUAUCCCUUCUUCCUUACAAACUUGAUUUUUGUUUUCUUUUGUCUUUUAGUAAGUAACUAAGCUAUUAGCCUGAAACACUCAGAUUCUGAUGUGUCGGUUCAGCCUCAUGGAGUUCAAGGACACAGGGAAACUUAAGGAGACAGGGAUGCUUUUAAAGAGUAGCAGACUUAAAGAGAAAAAUCAUAUGGAAGUGUGGAAAUUGGGGUUCAGUCUUUUUUUUUUAAGUAUGUUUUGAAAUUUAUUUUUCAACCAUUUAAAAAUAAUAAUAUUUUUUGUUAACAUUUGAUACAGGUGGUGGUUUCAUAUAAGCCUCUUAUUUUUAGAAUUUUUUGUGAAUUUGGAAUAUUUGACAAUUAUAAAUAAAAUUAUUAGGUAGAAUGCUUUAAAAUGCAUUUUUUAAAAAUUUUGUUUUAUUGAGUUAUAGUCGAGGUUCAGUCUUAAAUAUCUAUCCAAGGCCUUGACUCUGAGAAUCUCAUCCCACGGAGCAAUCCGUGGAGACCUUUAGGAACAUCAGACUCCAAGGUAUAUUCUAGGCUCUAUCGGUGCUUUGCCUUCUAAGAAUUAGAGAUUUCCAGGUCAAAGUGACAUCGUGUUUCUUCUUUCUCUUAAGAGAGAGCCUAGCAGGAAACAGGACAGUGGAAGAAAAGCACAAUUGAUGUUGCCAACCAUUGUCCUCUGCAGGCAUCUGAGCCACCUCUUCCCAUAGGUAUAUAUGUUCUGCAGUUGCAAAAUAACUGUAAUAUCAGAUAUUAGCAAACCAAAAUCAGAUCAUUUUUAAUUACAGUGAUAACUCAAUUAAUGAAGCUUUCAUAUUAACAACCUCACAAACAAAAGGAAACUUUAUAUAUUACAGGAAAUGGUUGAAUAUGUCAUCAGCUUAAAAGCAACAUGCCUGCCAAGCUUAUAUGAUAAAAAUAGCUCUGUGAGACUUCUGAUUUGUCCACAUUUGGUGAGAGAUAAGCAGGGCUGACUCCAGCCAAGAUUGAAAUAAUAUCCCUGUGUCCUUGCAGGGCAGUCUUUCUUCUACCUCUGUCUCCACUCUUUCUUACCCCAAACAAAACAACAAAGCCUGUGUUAGUCCUUUUAUUUGUAUUAAACUCUCCUGGCCUUCUUUCUCCAUAGUUCCAUAUUCUUUCUGAUGUACUGCCUUCUUCACCUCUUUGGACCAGAGUGAGUUGAGAGCAGUCUUCUAACUUCCUUUUGAACCUGGGGCUCACCUUUUUUUGAGGUCAUCUAAUGAGCCUCUUCCUGUUCUUAUUUGAACAUUCCACACCCUGUGUGCCUUGUUUGUUUCAUGGCCCAUUUGAUUUUUCUUGUAGCUUGUAUAUGAAGGUAUUUUCUGCAUAUGCAGUCAGUAUUCUGCUCUCCUAUGGGACCAGGUUUCGUGAUUCUAGGAUUUGCCUUUCCAUCAAUAACUAUCUCAAUGUUUAUUAAAACAUUACGGAUUAUUAGUAUGCUGAUUUUUUGAAGGAUUUGCUGAUGCACAUUUAGACUUAGGUGCCAUAUCCUUUAUGUCUCAAAUCCAGAAUAGUAACAUCUCAUCUCUCAGAACAGAGCUGUGAAUAAGGAAUAAUCAAUAUGUGUAAUCACAAAGUCUGUAUAAACUUCACCCACUGAGGGUCUCCUUUGUGUUUCACCAGAUUCCGAUAGGCUUGUUUUGUUACUGAUGUUUCUAAACUUAGGCAAAUAUAAAGCAGCAAACUGGAAAGGUGGUAGGGAUACCAUAGGAAGAAAAUAUACUUCUUUGAAAACUGAAAAUGAGAGCCUGAUACUAAAGAAAGUUUGAAAAAAUCAUAAAGAUUGUGUGUAAAGAAUGCAUGUGUGGGAGCCAUUAAAAUUUAUAGCAGUAUGUGGCCCUUUAAGGUAUAAAUGUACGAGAAAGUUAAGAGAUCAGUCUUUGGAGGUGGACAGAAGGGUUUGAAUUUAGGUUUUGUGGCUUCUUAUGGGUCCUUGAUAAAUUCCCAAAGCCUUGUUUUCUUCAUCUCUAAAAUAAGAAUAAUGACACCUACCUCAUUGGCUGAUAGGGACUAAAUAAAACCAUGUAUGUAGAGUGUUUAGCAUAGUGUUGGGCUUUAGAAAAUACUUGUGUAGACUGAGGAUCUCAUUAUUUUGUAGCCUUGAGUUCAGUCUAAUAUACUCUAUUAAACAGAGAAAAUGUUGCCUGGUACUUUCUGGGUGGUAAGAUUAUAGCUGUUUCUUUUCCUUCUUAAUUUCUGUAAUGUGUUUGAAUAACUCAUAAUAUUAAAAAAAUUUUUUGAAGUCUAAAAGAAGAAGAAAAAAGAUCAGGGAAUUUAAAUACGUUUUUAGUAGGACUUGGAUUGAAAAUUUUAAUUCUUAGAAUGAUACUCAUAUAGCUCUCCAGAAAACUCAGCUAUUCAAAAUGACUUAGUCCCCAAAGGACUCAGGUAGACAGUCUGAGGGUUUUACCUAUAGGCUUGGUCAAGAGUCUUUUUUCUGCCUUUCUCCACACUAGUGAAAGAAGUAUGGAAAUCCGAAGACAUUAGCUAAGCCAGGUCUCUUUUUCUAAGUAAUAUUAUAUUGAAAUGGAGAAUUAUCUGUUGUUUUUUAUCUCCAAAGGAAAACAUAUAAUACUUCUUUGUAGUUUUUCACAGCCUUCACGGUAAGGAAGAUCUGUCAGCUGCUGCAUUAAAGUCUCCCUGCUAUAAUUUCCUCACUCUAUUUUGUACUUGUUUUUUAAAAUAUAUGUUUAAGUCCCUCUUUAGCUUACCCUUCCACAGUUUCCAUAGUAAUGGGUUACUCUCAUCUCUUUUCCUUUCUUUCACUAUGGUAGGAAAUAUUUUGGUAAAAAGGAUAUUGUAUUACAUUGCCUCUAGUUUAAAUGUAUUCAUUUUUUAAAACCACCAUGACUGUUAUGUUUAAACCUAAAUGCUUUCCUUAAAAAAACUAAACAAGCAAGCCCAGCUUCACCAUUAAUGUGGUUACUUCAGUGAGCUUUACAAACUUUGAAAGCAAUGUUUCAAUUAAAAGAACGUAAGAAGCCCAUUAUUUCUCAGCUUUGCAAAAUAGUGUAUUUUGUAGAUGAGGAAACAAUGAUACACCUUAUGGCACUAAAAUAUAUAUAUUUAGUGAUUUGAUCGCUGAAUAGUAGUGUUGGCUCUUUGUUCUGUGUUUAUACAGGUCCAGUCCUCUCUGCCCAGGAACUCAAAUGACUUAAUUAAGUUUGAGAGCCUGGAGUCUAUAAGAUUCUACUUGCCAUAAUGGGGAAAUAAAAGGAAGGUAAUUUUAUUUCCUUAGUGGGCCUAAAGGAGCAUCAGGAAUACAAAUAAUCCACAUUAAUACACUCUGAAACUUGGCUUCUACUCAGGUUGUUGCCAUUUUAAACCCAAGUAACUUUUUAUAUGAUAAAUUUUUUAUAAUUAUAAUGUAAAUUAUGUGUGUUAUCAUUAGAAAUAUUGCUAAUUAUGUACUAUCAGAGUGGGAGGCCAAACUCUUUUAUUGCACUUGAACCUAAAUUGAUGUUUUUUUAGUUUCAAAGACUACAAUUUUCAUUUUCCUCUCCUGCAGUUAUCGUGUCUUCUCUUGUAGACCAGUCUACUCAAGAUCCAGCUAAAACGAGAGGAAACAUAGAAAAGAGUUUCUGCCCUUUCUCACAAACCAUAUGAGAUUUUUUAGCUCUUUUUUCCUUAAUUUUUCUUGCUCUUUUCUCUUUUACUUUGACCUAUAAUCUACCCAUUUAUAUGUGGCAUUGUGUUGAUAGGAAAAACAAAGCAAAUUUUAAAACCUUUUAUAUCUCUUUUUUAUAAGACCACUGACUCAGUUGUGUUAAAUAUUUAUUAAAUGCUUAGAGUGAUCCAUGUUGUGUGUGGAACAAAGGAUAAAGUCCUAAAGUUUAGAGUGCUCUAAGGCCAUUCCAGCUUUGAAAAUAAUUUAAUUCGUAAACUCAUCAGGCUGCAGAAGGGAAUAUCCUAAGAGGGCUGUUCUGAAGAAGGGAAAUUCCUUUGGGCUGCUGUCUGUUGGAAGCACUUUUUCUUGAAACUCCAUGUUCUUUUGGAAGGUAAAUGGCUUGAGCUGUAGAAAUGUGCAGAGGAAAGGCUAGAUCACGACAGAACUGUGAAAUACUUGGAUAGGGUUUGGAUGGCAGAAAUUAUCUUUACUCCUUUUCCAUUGAAGAGGUGUUCCCUGAGGUAACCAGAGGUGUGAUGGGAAAAGCAAAUUGAGUUUUUUUAAUACCUGCAUGCCAAUGUUGUGAUUGUCAUAAAUCCAAUGAGAAGUGGAUGCCUGUGGUUUUGAAGGAAUGUGCUUAGUUCACAGAACGAAAAGGCUUCUCAGUUAACUCAAAGGCUAAAAACACACAGAUUAAAAUUUAGAGAAUGAGGAAAAGAAAAUCCAGGGAAGUCUUUGAGUUUCACUGGAGCAAGUACAGAUGGUUAGGGUAUGAUUUCCUGGCAUACACUGCAAACCCUGUGCUUUUAUUCCAAAUAAAUAAAAGGUUCUUAAUAAGCUCAAGUGAGUUUCUAAGAGCUGCAACAUAAUAAAAUUACUCGAUUUGCAGCUAGACUGUUGCACAAUUCAUAGACUAAAAGAACUAAGAAAGGCUGUAGGCAAUUUUUUUAGUACCUAAAAAAAAAAAUGAGCAAGUCACCAUAUACUUUCCAAAAAGGCGAAAUGAUUUGUCUCACAAUAUGAGCAAUGUAAUUAAAACCUUUUUAAAAACUUUUAGGCUCUUAAGGGUGUAAUUAUUGGGUAUACUUUUCUAUGCUUUUUUUGUUCCACUCUUUGCCUAGACAUAAACACCAAAUUCCAUGCCUUUCAUAGGCCCUUAGAACGAUUUAUUUUCAUGCCAAACCUCUUAUUAAGCCUCCUCCCUCUCUCCCUUUUAAAAAUUAUUUUUUGAGAAAUAAUUCACAUAACAUAAAAUUCACUCUUUCAAAGUGUGCAAUUCAGUGGGUUUUACAAUAUUCACAAAGUUGUGCAACUGUCACCACUACCUGAUUACAGAACAUUUUCAUUACUCCCAAAGGAUACCCAUUAACAGUCACUUGCCACUUUCUUCUCCCUCUAGCCCCUGGCAACCACUAAUCUACUCUCUGUGGAUUUGCCUCUUCUGGACACUUCAUAUAAGUAGAAUUAUACAAUAUAUGGCUUUUUGUGUCUGGCUUCUUUCACUUAGCAUAAUGUUUUCAAUGUUCACAUUGUAGCACCUAUCAGUACUUUAUACCUUUUUAUGACUGAAUAACAUUCUGCUCUAUGCACAUUACCUUGCUGUUUACAGUAUUUGAUCGAGCCUUAUUCCUGGUCUUACUAUGGAAUGAAUCUGUUGCAUUUUAUUUUAUAGUGUUUGUAAGAGAACUUCUGACAGAUGAGUAGUAUAUUUUCUACAAUGAUGGUUUUCUAGAAUUAUCUUCACAGAUACAAGCUAGAAAAGUCUGAGCACUUCUUCCUAGCUAGUUAUUAGUAGAGUUAGUCUCCAUUGAACUGAGCAUUUUAUUUCUAGCCUUAUUCAAAAGUUAUACCAGGUAGGGAGCUGGUUGGCUAAACUUCAAAGGACUCUUAACUGAGUCAGCUCCAAAGAAACUUAGAUUCAUAUUAUAUCCUUUUUUUAUUUUAAUUAAAAAAAUUUCCCUCUGUCCAAUAAACCACUGACAUCACUGUCAAAAAAAAAAAAAGAUUUCUUACUGAAAUGAGGGAUGUUCUAUGGGCAUUUUACAGAUUUAGGGAGGAUAGAAAAGCAACUAGGGAGGAUUUACGUCUUUCCUUAUUCAUUUUGUAUGUUUUUCACAUUAGAAAGGUAAAACUAUUAAAAAUUUAGAAAAAUUGUCUAUAAUAGAAUAGAGAAGGCGGCAUUUACUUUUGCUUAAAUUCACUCAGAAUAUUUCUAAAUGAAUUUUGAAACAGCGCACUAGGGGAUCUCUAGUGCACUGUUCUCUAAAUGAUGCAGCUGCUGCUGCCACUGCCUUGUGGGGCUCGUAAGCUAGUGGAGGAAAUGAAAAGUUAUGUGAAUAACAUUGAUUCAAUCAGAAUGUGAGUAGGCAUCAGAAAAGAUGCAACAAAUAAGGAGCUCUACAUACAUAAGAGAGGAAGUGAACGAUUCUCACUUGGGGCAUCAAGAAGGCACUUUUUUCCCCUUGAUCAUUGUAAUUAUGCCCCAAUUUACAUUUGGAGAAUAAUUUCUUUCCAACUGAAUACAGUUUGAUGGGACUGUCAAACAAGAGACCAUGUACCCUCUGCUAUUCAUGCUGCACCUAUAAGUCUCUCUCCUGGGGCUUUGAAACCUGAGGACGCAGAAUGGUUAACACAAAUUCAUUUUAGUGGCAGCCCUGCAAGAUGCUCGAUGACCUGUUACACGGCCUCACAAAGAUGCUCCUGUUUGUGUCCUUUAAGGACAACAGCUGCCCCUUGAUUCUGCAGGGUACCUAAUACAUGUCCAAUAAACUCAUUUUCUGCUUAAGUAAAUAAAUAACCCUAAAUGCUGCACGGGAUAACAGUACAAUUAGAUUUAUUUUGUAAAAUUGGAUACUUUAUUUCAUAAAAUGGAUUUUUGUAAAAUAACUGCAAAUUGUCACACAUCUGAAAGUUAGGCAUUACUUUGGGUAUAGAUUGACUGGAACAUGGGAUCUCAUAGUCUGAUUAGGGAAAUAGGAUUCAACAUAAAACCUUAAUUAACAUCCUUCUAAUACUCUACUAUUUCUGUUAUUUGUUUUCUCUAUCUUGUCUGUUGUAGCUAUAAACUGUUUUCUUAGAACUUGUAACAAUCUUGUGGUUUCAUUGUUAUCCUUUUAGUUAGUAUAUUAUAGUUUGUUGUAGAAAUGAGAUAAAAACAAAACAGUAAUUAUGAAAGGAAGCAGUGCUUGGAAUAGUACCUGUUACACCAUAGAUGAAGAAAUUAAUGAACAAAUGAGUGAGUAAAUAAGAAUGAUGGGUGAAUAGUAUAUAAUCUAUUCUCUGUGGAACUUCAGGGUAGAGAAAAAGCACUUCAGCCUAGAGUGGUCAGAAGCAUGUUUCUGAGUUGUUGAGAGAAGGGUAGGAUUUGAGCAGACAGACCAGCAAGGCAGGCGUUCUGAGCAGGAAAUGAACAUGAGCAAAGGCAUAAAAGUGGAAAAUCAGAAGCUGCACUUUGGUAAGCAGGAGCUAUGGUGUGGGUUGUGGCUGCUGCUUUUGUGGGCCCCUGUGUAGGAUGAACCCCUGUCACUGCAGCCUUGGAUCUGCUCCUUCCCUUAGGACCUCGUUUUCCUUUUGCCUUAAGUUCUAGUGGAGGUGGUUGUUCUCUGGAGCCUUGGGUGUUUCAGGAAUGAGGGGGUUGGAGGUGCCAGUGUCAUUUAUCUUUCAAACUUUCUCCUUUCACUCUUGUUUCAGAGCCCUAGCUCAUUAGAACUUAUGCUGUUCAGCCAUGCCCUCUUUAUCAUUUAUAGCUGCCUUUCAUAUGAGUCUUCCUUUUUUCUAUUCAUCUAUCCAUCCAUCCAUUUGUCCAGCAAGUAUUUAUUGAACUCCUGCUGUAUUCCACAGUCUGUUUUAGGUGCUGAGAAUACAGUGGGGACAAGAGAAAACCAGUGCCCUGAUUGAGCUUACAUUCUAGUGGGGUGAUGGAUAAUAAAGGGAAUAAAUGUAUAUUAUAAUUUUAGGUUUUGCUAAAUGCUGUCAAGAAAAAUAAAAACAGAUUAGGGGUUAGAGUGAGGGGAUGGAGUUGAGAGCUACUAUCUUAGGUCGACUGGUCAGAGAAAGCUCUGAAGAGGUGAUGCUGGAGCAGAAACCUGAAUGAGGUGAGAGGGUGAGAUAUGGAGUUUUUGGAAGAAGAGUAAUCAAGGCAGAAAGAAGAGUUUAUGCCAAUGCCCAGAGGUGAGGAUGAGCUUGAAGUGUCUGAGGAAGUACAAGGAGGUUCAUGUGGCUGGAGCUAAAUGAAGAUAGAAGGGGUCAGAGGAAUGGGCAGUGGCAAGAUUAUGUGGGGCCUUUAGCUUCCGAGUGUUCUUCUGCCCCAAGUCCUUCCGUCAAACUGGGUAUGUGGAUGAGCCAUCCAGAAACUUGGCUUCAUGUUUCAUUGAUCUCAUUUCCAUUUCUUUCAGCCACUUGCUUCCAUUGUACUACACUCUGGUCCUGGUCCCCAUCUGAACUGUUCUACUUCUGAAAUCAAAAUUUCAGACAUCUCAUCCUCUGAAAUCUAUCCAGCUUAUUGGUCAGCUAACCUCCAACACCCCAGUUUUUCAGCUUCAAAUGGACCUUCAAUUCUCUUAUCUUUCCCUCUCUAUUUAACAGCCUCUGCCUAUAUAUAUUUCCUCCCCUAUCCAGCUGGAUUCACAACCUAUCACUGCCAGUAUUCUAAAUCCUUUCUGGUGCACCUUCCAUUGCAUCUGUCUUGCCCACGGUAUAUAAAUUCAGCUGUCCAUCUCUUUUCUUGCUGGUUCGUGGGCUGCUGAUCCACAGGAAAAAAUAAGGCAAAGCACACAGACUACUGUGGUUAUACAUUAAUGAUCAUCAAUCUCAGUUAAACCCUUAGCACUGCCUGACCAGCCUACUGUUUCCCUAGGCAGCUGUCUCCCAUUUUCAACAACUAUUUCAAAACUUCUCCACUCCCCUGAAACCUCUGACCCACCCACCACCCCCUCUCAUUCUCUGUCGAUGACUGAGUCCUUCACAGAACAACUAGAAGUGAUCAGAUAGGAAUCCUCUCCAUUUCUGAGCCACAGAUCUACAAUCCUCACUGUUCUCUGCAUCAGUAUUCUUUCUCUCCUCUUCCAGUAGAAGAGGCAUUCCUCACAUGUCUGGGUCCCAUUCUUUUUAGUAUCUUGACACUUUUCUUCUGUUUUCUACUCAUCCAUCUUUCUGAUUUCCUCCCAUUAAAAAAAAUUUUUUUUCCCAAUUUAUCUCAUCUUAAUAUCCCUUGACCCACAUCCUCCUCUAGUUACCAUACACUUUCUCUCUUCUCCAUUUUAGAAACUUCUGAAAAAGUUUACCUUCCCUUCCCAAGCCAUUCCCAGUAUCAUUUCCAGGAUCUUUCAUGUUGCUAAAGCCAACGUACAUUUUUCAGUCCUCAUUUUACUAGAUCUUUCAGCAGCACUUGACAUCAUUGAUCACUCUCUCUUUCUAAAAAAUACACCCUUCAUCAUCCUUUUUUUUCCCCAAACACUCUCCUGUUUUGCCUCCCACAUCUCUAGCAAUGUAUUCUCAUUCUUCUUUGCAAGACUCUGUCAUCUACUGUCCUCUUAGUUGUAGGUGUUCAGUAGAGCUUUGCCCUAAGCCAUUUCUCUCUACAGACUUAAACCAGGUAAUUUGGUUCAUUCUCUUAUCAUCAAUUUGCUGAUGACUAUCAGCUAUAGAUCUCUAGCCCAUAUCACUCUCCUGAACUUGAGACAUAAAUAAUUACUUAUCAGCUAUCUGCCUUUAGAUGUCUAAAAGGUACUUUAAACACAGGAUGAACAAAAUUCAACUCAUCUCCUACAAUCUUGUUCUUCUAGUGUUCCUUAUUCAAGAAAUGACAUUGCCAUCCACACAGUUGCUCAGACCAGAGGCAUGUGUCACUCUUGGCCUCUCUCUCUCCCCUUCACUCAUCACAGCUGGUCAUUUACCAAGUCCUAUCAAUUUCCCCAGUUAACUGGUUUCACUCACUUCCUUUUAUUAAGUUCCCCCUUUCCCCCACCCCAUGCAUUUCCUAUGCAGCAGCCUGAAUUAUCUUCCAAAGAGAAAUUACAUCCUUUGAAUGCUUAAAAUUUCAAGUUGAUUUGCAUUGCUUUUGGGAUAAAGUCCUGGUUCCUGCCUCUAUCUCUAGCCUUAUGUCUCUUGAAUUCUUUUCUCUGCUAUUUUCUUUCAGUUCCUUUAUUUUCACUGUCUGGAUCCUGAUCUGCCGUCUACCAAGGUAACUCAGAGGCAUUCCUCUGGUUUUAGAUUAAACAUCAUUUUCUCCAGGAGGUUAGGAGCCCAUGUUCUGUUUACAUAGUGCCCUGAACUGCCCUUAUCAUAGAGUCAACAGGUUUUCUUGUAAUUACUAGGUUAAUUACCUAUUUCUUCUGGAUUAUAGGAACUGUGUUUUCCUCUGUAUCCUGGUAUGUCACUGUGACUGGUACAUGGUAAGUUCCUAUUAUAUGCUAAAGGGAGAAAGGGAAAGAGAGAAACUAAUAUGAAAUAGAGUACAAAAUUUGCAUACAUUUUAAAGAUAAAACAUGGCUCGAAAUAAAUUUUGCUUCUCUGUCACACAAGUAUGGUUUGCAUUAACCUCGCAACACAAAUUACGUGUCAGCCUUUCCCCUCCUCCCCUCUUUAGUGAAAAGACAUAUUUAGGACAUUUGGUCUGCAGAUUCCAUUGAAUGGACAGAGCUAGAUAUUUACUUAGACCAGUGGUUCUCAGCUGAGGCUACCCUUUGGUAUCCCUUGGUGGGGACAUUUAAAAAUUCUGUUUCCUGAGCCCCACCUUCAUAGAUUCUCAUUUAAUUGGCCUGAGAUUUGUAAAGGCUGUCUGCAUGAUUCUGAUGCACGACAAAGUUAAGAACGUGACGGUUACUGGAGUCUUUUCCUCUGUGACUUGCUUCAUUGACUGAUUUUUGAGCCUGUUGACGAAGAAGACGUGUAAACAAUCCUGAUCCACCAACUAGUGAUUUCAGCUACAACUAAAAUUGUCUGAAAUAGUAAAAAGAAUGCAUUGAAACAAGUAACUGUCAAGUCCAGAGGCAGUGUUGGUUUUAGGCAAACUUGAUCUGAUGGCCCAGUGAUGUCCCCAGUUACUCCACAUCUUUCUGUUUCUCUUAUUUGUCUUGGUGUUGGCUUUCUCCUGAUUUAGGCCCUCCUCAUGGCCAAAGAUGGCUGCAAAAGGGACCUGGAAAGUGAACCCAUCUUUGUCCUGGUAUCAUUAUUAGAAAAAGUUCUCAGAUUGACUCUGAUUGGACUGGUGUAGGUUACAAACCAAUUGCUGUGUUGAGGGGUUGAGAUGUACUAGCACAAGGGUGAAGUACUCUUCCCAGGAACCACAGCAAUCCCCAAGUGUACAGAGGGAAGCAAGAGGGGAGAAAAGUCAGUGCUGAAACCAGAUGUCUGCUGUAACCACACAGAUUUGGCCUGGCUGCAGAAUUUGGUCAUGAAACUGUGAUAGUACUUCAUAGUUUUAUACUGUAUGCUAGACUGUAAAGUACAUACCACUUUAGAAGUAGCAUAGAUAUCUUCCAUCAGUUCCUACAGCUAGUGACUAAUAAUAAACUGAGUAAGAUUAUAUUCAUCACAAAACUGUUGAGAAAGAACUUGAGAACAGAAAAUUUGAUUUGGAUCCUGCAAAUGUAAUUUGCUUCAUGAAAUGGCUUUUGCUUAGUGCCUCAAUGAACACAUUUUCUUGACGCAUUUUGAAAAACAAAAAAUCUUAGACCCUCCAGAGAGUCUCAUUUGUGGAUUGCCACCCUCCAAGCUGAGUGUCACUAGCCAAGAAGAAUUCUGUUUAUCUUUGCUUUUUAAAAUUUUCAUUAUGAAAGCAAUAGGGUUUAAAGUUCACCCCUAAAAUAUAUUAUUAAAUUAUAAUACUGGUUAUGCCAUUUCUAAUGACGUAGUCUUCAAAAAAAAAAGCAAAAAACCAACCACCACACACACAAAAAUUCUCCUAAGAGUCCCCUUCCCUCUACCCAUCCCUCAGGGGAUGGUAACUCUGCCUAGUUGAAAAUUCACUGUUCUAGAACUUGCUCUUACCAAACACCUUUUUGAUUAUAAUUUGGCUUUGUAUAAAAGUUUUCCCAUAGUAGGAAAUGUACUAACCAGCAAACAUGGAUUUGGGGUCUGCUUGUAGUUAUGUUUCCCACUGCAAGUUAAUUUAUUGGCAUUCAUCAACCCUUAGAGUCUCAUUGUGUCUGCGUGUGCUAACGUUUAAGUUGCUGAGUUUAUAAAACUGAGGACCACAUUUCAGAACAAGGCCCCUGCCAUAAACUUUACCAAGGCCAGCAAUGUUAUCCUGACCUGGUGACCAGCUGGUCAUUCUUCAAGCUACCCUCACCUGAUUCCUUUCCAUUCAAAUUGUACCAGUAAAAUCCUUCUUAAAAAGAGGCAUAAAAUAGCACAGGUAGAGUUUUCUUUGACCAUUUCAAACUGAAUCUUCUGUCUUUAUACCUAGCAAGAUGGCAUGCAUGCCUAGACAUGUGAGAGGAGAACAGGACCCUCAGGCGUCAUCAUCCUAGGGCUGAAAACAAGAAGUUCCUUUAAAGAGAGUGCUUGUGGUGAGGAAGAACUCAGUAGCUAGAACGUGAGCAUUGAGUAUGUAUUGGCCCUAAAAUCUCCGGAAUCGUCUGUGGAGGGAGGGGAGAAGCUUGUUUGCAAGAGGUGGAGACUGAAUUCAUCUGCAGGGCUGCAAGUUCCAGUACUCUGGAAACAACAAAGAGGGAUCUUCCAGUGAUGAAACAUCAUGGACAAGCCCUCUGCAAAGACGCUGUUGUUGUUUUUAACUAUAGAAGAUUUCAAGCACAUAUAUAAGCAGAUAGAACAGUAGAAUGGAGCCUCAUAUAUUCACACUUAAUUUCAGUAACAGUCAACUCCUGGCCAGUUUUGUUUCAUCAAAACCCCCACCCACUUUGCUUUGUGUCACCCACUCCCAUGUCAUUUUGAAUCAAACCUCAAGACAUCAUUUCUGAGAUGGAGAUUUUUUCCAUUGAGGAGCAAAUUUAUUCUGGCUGCUAAUAUGAAAAUGAUCACUGUGUUUAGGAAACUUGAAUUUCUUCAGAUAAUGAUUCCCUUACAGUACUGUGUCUUUGUAAGUAUGGUAUUAGGGUUCAUUAUCCAGGUAAAAUUUCACUUGUUCAGGGGGGAGUGUAAUACGUACUGUUAUUUAAGGGAUUGUUCACAGGAAGUGGAGAACAAACCUGAGAACUCCAGGAAAGGUGCUCAGGCCAGAGCCUCACCUUGCAUCUUAGGGAACUGGCCUGGGUUUGGCUAGAUAUGACCUAGAGUGGGCCACAGGAGGCCCUUACUACCACCAUACAUGAUUUUGUUCCCAGGCUGAAGAAUCCAGGCUGUGGAAAAUGUCCUGAGUCCUGACUACCUUUCAGGUCAAAACCACGCUGUCCUGAGUAAAGGUGUUCAUUCCCUGAAGGGAGUGGACAUUCCCAUUUUCAUUUGGAGAUGGACACCAUGGUGGGCUUUGAUUGAAGUUAUGACAUACUCCUUUCUCUCAUGGCCUGAGGGCAUUUGAAAGCCUGGAUUCCAGUUAAGAGAAACAAACUCAAGGGCCAUCUGCAAGAGGAAGGAGAUUUGGCCCCUGUCUUAUCAUGGCUGGCCAGGAGUUAGGCAGAGAGGGGCUUGCCAGGAUCUGGGGCUGAACAUUGUUAUAUAGGCCACAUCCAGUAAGAAUUAUAGGUUGUCUUCUGUGUUGUAUUUUCCUUCUGUUUUUCUGAACCUUCAACAAAAUCAUAUUAAAAGUUGUAGUCUGGUUUUACCAGCCUGGCGUGAGACCAAGAAAAGAGGUUGAGUACAGACGUAAGAAAUCAGUACAAUGGAGAAUAUCAGCAACCUGCUGUAAGAGGGCAGUGCUGACUUCGCAGGAAGGUUUUUGCACAGAGAUUUUCUCCCUGGAGCCAGAGGCAAUGACCAUGAUGGUCCUAUGGGACAGGAGAAUGUUCCCAGGGAUUCUUGACGCUAUUUGGGAGGUAAACCAGGUAAAAGACUAGACUUCCUGUGACCCUGAGGCAGGAUGAAAGUAAAGGAAAUAUGCCUUAUGCUAAUCUCCAAGACCUGUGAGUCCUGAGCCUAUGAGAGAUAAAUAAAUAUUGACAUAUGUCUUAUAAAUUCUUGAUGAGCAUAGCAAAUUUCUGGAAGGGUACAUGAGAAACUGCUGACAGGGUUUUCUCUAGGAUUUUACUUUGUAUUCGUCUAUAUAGUUUUUCAAAAAAAGGUUUACAAAGUAUAUAUAUUACCUUUAUAAUAUAAAUUAACCAAAAUAAGAUAAAUAUAUAUAUUAAAAACAUAUUACCUCAAACGAUAUCCCAGCUGAACCAAGUUUAUCCUCCAUUAGGAAUUAAAUAGUAGAAAAACAGUGUGCUUUAAAUAUUAUCCCAGGGUGGUUUACAUUUGCUGAGUUCCCUCUAAAUUUUUCUUCUGAAAUGUUCCUACCUUAAAAAAAAAAAAGACAAAAUGUAUCUAUUACUGAACUACAAGCUGUGGAACAGCUUUGGUGUUCUCCCAGGCUUACACUACUAGUAAUGAUGUUAAUUCCUUGCACAUAGCAUUCCAGCAGGGUUCUCAUCCCCAGUUGCACACCCAGAAGCCUGACUCUGAGGUCAGUAAACCCGGAGUAGGCUCGUUAGAGGCCACCUCUUUUCAUAAUUUUAAAAACUCUGCAGUUGAUUCUGAUGUAUGACCACAGUUGAGGUCCAGCACUAGAAGAAGUGGGGAGAAUGUUACAGGGAAUACCCCCAAAGGACUCAACCCAACCUUCUGCACAAGGUGAGUAGGCGUCAGAUGACUGGUCCAUCCCAAAGAUACCCCACAAAUAAGCAGAAAGCAGAGCCAAACAAACUGAACCCUGACAAAGAAGCGUAGACACCCUUGUAGUUAAAAUAUACUUGUUAGAAAGUUAUUUUGAGUUAAUUUUUCAAUUCCUAUCAGGUUUUUGAGUCUUGGUAUUUUUCCUCCAUGCAUUUUUUGAAAGUCCAAUGUGUGAAUAAAGAGAAGAUAGGAGAAAGAAUAAGGUGUGCUGAAGAAGGUAUUUUUGGAGUGGGUUUUAGGACUCAUUGGAGUUGGUCGUAAUUCACUUAAAAGGGGCAGGAAAAUACAGGUAGCAUGAGGUUAGUGUGAAAAAUAUAGAGCCUCUACUCGAGGAUUUGGGGCCAGCACGUUAGUUCUUUAUGUCUAGUUGCCUUAGUAGCACAAUAUAAAAGGAAUGGGACUGGAUGCUUUCCCAGCCUUAUAGUUCUAUGUAACUGUGAAAGAGAACCAUGGCAAGAAAGGCCAGGUAUGGAAGGGAGAAUCUACCUUUUAAACAAAAAUUGGGAUUCUUAACCUUGGAUCUUUAGAGAACUUCAGGGUGUCCAUGAACCUCCUGAAAUUGCAUGCAAAAUGUGUUUUUCUGGGAUAAUGGUCCGUGGGUUUCACUAGAUUUUCAAACCAUUAGGAUCUGGUUUGAAAUGAUGCUUUCUUUUUCCAUUUUUUGUUUUUUGUUGUUACUGUUUUGUGUAAUUCUCCUUUUCACUUAUUUUUCAGUAUAAAUACAGCCUUGAUGAUACAAUUUCUGUUCUUUCCAAAUAAUAAUGUUGUUUUACUAGUAGUAAUAUAAAAUCUUGAAGAGAAACAUAAAUGCUUAGAAAAUGUCUCAGUACUCACAAAGUUAAUUUUUUCCCUAAACCUUAAGUGAGACCUUCCAAAUACAUGAAUUUUUAUGUCUUUACCUCAAACUUGAGUGUUCUCCUUCACUGCCCCCUCACCACAUCUAAUCAGGGAAUUAAAGUCUUUCAGUGUGUUUCACAUUUACGAAUUGGGUACGUUGUAAUUGUCACCCUUGUCCUUCACCUCUUGGACACCAGAGGGCAGACAUCUUAAGUCUCACUUUUAUCUGGGACACAAAUCCUUUUCCCUACCACAGCAGUUUUCUCCUCCAUAUUUGCUCCCCCACCUUGAAGAAGCUUAAAGGAACAACUCACUUUGCUCUUUCUAAUAAUUAACAUCUUUCCUGACAGUUCAACACACCCAUCAGAGACAGAAAGUAAUGAUUACUAAGGAGGCUGCCACCCUUUACCAAUCAGCACAAUCAAAAGAAUUGUUCUCAUAGUCUUUGUAAACAAUCAGUUCAUAAUCUUUUGUUGUUGUUGUUGUUCUUGUUAAGUUUAAUUGUUUUAGGCUAAAAGACAGUCCAAAAUUCUGUUUAUCACUCCACCCUUCAAAGCUUGUAAAAUGAGAUAAUAGGAGUGAAUCUGCUUUCAGAGGGGAAGAAACACCCUAUAAUUGCAAAGUAGACUUACUUCUAGGAGGUAGUUAACAAGGCCAGGUUAUUUGCCUAAUAAGUAAUCAAUAAAUGGCCAUCAAUAAAUGGCCAACAAUAAUUGCUAGGGACACUUUUUUUUUUAAAGAGUAAAGUUAAUUUUUGGUCUUUGUUAAUGUAGUUUUUAUAUCUUUAUUUUUUUAUGAUUUCUCUAUUGAGCCUCCUUUAUGAAAAAUUUUCAUUUUUUUAAACCUGUUAACUCUUGAGAACUUGUCCAAUACUGCACAUUUAGAACCAUUUAAAUAGCCAUCUGUACAUUUAUAGGAUAUUAUGGGUAUUAAGAAGUCUAGAAAUUAAAUUUUCUAAAAAUAGGACUUUUUUGUUUGUUUACUAUGAAAAGCCUGAUCUCAGUCAUCAGUGAGUAAAUGGAAAUGCAGAUAUACAAAUAUGUGCAAACAUAUAUUUUUUCUCUAAUACCAAGUAAGAAUAUUUUUAUUUUCCUUUGGGCCAUCCCUCAAUCACAGUCAACUUACAGUAGUUUUCAAAUUUCUUAGGAUUGUUUUUAUUUGUCUUUUUGUUCCUUCGACAGCUAUAAUUAGAUUGAGCUGAAGGGGUGAAAGACUUGAGAGCAUCAGAACGAUUCUGAAUUCAACACAAAUAGCCUUCAGUAGUGAAGAAAUUUUGUACUCAAGGUUUUGUCAGCAUUUUCUUUGUAAGCAAACUUUGGACUAGUAUUCCUAUCAAGAUGAUUUUAUAGGAGGAGGGUAUAACUCAGUGGUAGAAUGUGUGCUUAGCAUUGCAAGAGGUCCUGAGUUCAAUCCCCAGUACCUCCAUUAAAAAAAAUUAACCUAAUUACCCCCUACAAGAGAAAAAAAAAAGAUGGUUUUAUAAAAGUUGGUGAGGCUCCCCAGCUCACUCCUACCAAAAUAAAACAAAAUGAAACUUGAUUAUGUUGCAGUUCCCUUGGUGAGCCCCACUACUCUUUGUUAUUUGUUAUCUUGACUUUUUGUCAUUAGUAUAAGUAAUGGGAAGAGAAAUUAAUAUUUGUAGAGCACUUUAUUCACAGGCACCGAGUUGUACUUAUCCAUUUCCCAACUCCCAUGUGAGCUACAUCCCACUGCUAUCUCCAUUACAUGGGAGGAACAACUGCCUCUGGGAAGUUAAAUAAGUUGAUAAGAUUUUAAAAUUCAAGAUACACAUCAUUACAGGAGAGAAUUUUUGUUGUUGUUACUUUUUAGAAUUGGCAUUAAUCCUGAAUUUCCAAUGGUUAACAGGUGAAAAGUUUUCAUUUUAAGUUAAAUAUUUAAACUUGAAAUAUACUUUUAAAUUACUACUGAGUACAUGGCAAAAUAUAUUCUGAUCUCCAGUUCCCCCCAACACCAACCCUAUCCCAAGUCAUAAGUUUCAGACCCCAUUCUCAUUUCCCAGCAUUACCUUUCCUCUCCACCCACAUACCCCACUCACCAGUGUAGUCACUCUCACCUACAGGGUAUGUCAAGUCUGAGUGUUUUGUUUUGUUUUGUGGGUGGAGGGGAAAAUGUAGCCUUGGGUGUCAGACACCUCCCGUCCUUACUUAUUUCCAGCAUGACCUUGAGCAAAUGUUGUGACUUGACUGGGCCUCAGUUUCCACCUCAGCAAAUAAUAUAAUAAUAAUAUAUACUUCUUAGAGUUAUUUUGAACAUUAAAUGAGAUAUCAUUUGUAUUGUCCUGGAGUAUAAUUGGUUCCAAAAUACUUCCCACCCUCUUUAGUUGUAAGGUGGGUAAUAUCUAUCAGUAAAUCAUUUGGCCGUUCCAGUUGUGGUUUAGAGCAGUGAAUGCAGUCAGGAAACCUAGGGCUGUGACUCCAUCAUAGGAGUUAGCUUUUGGUAUUGGCCUCAGACUAAUGUCUACUUUCUAAAAAUGUCUUGCUUGUGAGACUCAAGAAUGUGAAGGUGGGUUACACAGUCCUGCUUGUGCAGGCCACACUUGGUUUUCCUCUCACUGCAAGCAUUUGUCAGCAACUAAAAACACUUCAGUUGUUGUGAAUUCAGGAAAAUUCAGGAACAAGAGAAUGUUGUGAAAAUGGCAAAUCAAAUACUGAACAUGAAAAAAGCCGCAGCUAGGAAAAAAGUCUGAUUUGGUGAAAGGAUCAUUUUCUGGUUUUGCUCAUCCCUUUUCUUUUCCCUGUCAAAGUUCCCAAUCAUUUAAAAUUUAAAACUGUAAAAUAAAAUUCUGCCUUUCUUCCCUUCCCUUCCCUUUUUUUGCCUUUCCUUCCCUUCUCUUUCCUUUCUUUUUUCUAUUACUUCCACUCCAUUCAGCAUUUAGUUAAUCAAGAACUAUAAACUAAGCACCUGUUGUGUAUCAGACAUCAUGCUGAGCACUGAGAAUACAGUUACGGGCAAAAUGGCCAGUCUUGGGUCUUGUGAAGCUCAUAUUGGUUGGGAAGGCGGAUAGUAAGUAAGUCACAAUAAAUAAAUGAAUAUCAAAGUAAUAAAAUGAAAAAAAAAGUAAUAAAGUGAUUUCAGAGAGCACUAAAUGUGAUGAGGAAAAUAAAGCAAGCAAAUGUUAACAGGGUAACUGGAGAGCCUUUUUAGAUUAGGUGGUCACAGAAGGCCUCUUGGAAGAGAGACCUUGAACUGAGACCUGGCUGAUGAGGUCUGAGUCAUUGGAAAAUCUGAGAGAACAGCUUUGUGUCUGGGCUUUGCGAUGGGAAGGAACUUAGUUUGUUGAAAGAAGCAGAAGAGGUAGGGUUGAGGGGGAGAGUGGUAGGAGUCAAGGUCAGAGAGGUAGGCACGGGGGGAGGAGCAUUUCAUGAAAAAUUUCCGAGACUGCGGUUAGGUUUUGGAUUUUAUACUGGAGCCUUUUGAACAAGGGGUCUGCUUAAGUGAUCUGCUUAAUGCUUGAAAGAUUUGCCCUGGACCUGUAGUGGUAAUGAUUAGCAGUAGGGAUACCAGUUAGGGAGUCAUGUCAGUCCUGGAGCAAGAGAUGAUAGUGGCUGGAGCAUAAUGGUUGAGAGGGUGAGCAACAGACAUUUGGGAAUAUAGACGUGAAUGUAAAAGAAGAAUUAGUGUGACUUGUGGGUGGAUUAGAUACAGAGCAGCAGGAAAAGGGAGGAAUCAACUAUGACUCCCAGGUUUUUAGCCUGAGCAACUUGGAGCGUGGCAGUGCCAUUGCUGACGUGUUGAAGACUGAGUUUGGGUUAAGGGUGUGACCAAGAGUUCAUGUUAAUUUUAAGAUUCCUUUCAAAUACCCAAAUGCAGAUGUCAAGCAAUCAGUUAAGUAUGUGGUUCUAAAGCUCAGGAGAGAGAGUUGAGCUAGAGAUACAUAAUUGACGGUUGUUGGCAUGGAGAUUGAAUCAUUUAUUUAAAAAAUAGAUAUUGAGUGUCUAUUAUGUACUAGUGGAUAUAUUAUAUACUGAUGUUGGAACAGUAAAUUAUGUAGUAUCUUAGAAGGUGACAAGUUUAUAAAAAAAAAAAGAAAGAAAGAAGGAUGAGAAGAAUUAAGAUUGUGAGGGGUUGACCUACCUGGCUUAUGGUUUUAAAUAGGGAGGUCAGGAAGACCUCACUGAGAUGGUGAACUUCAAGAAUUCCAAGAAGUGAGGGAGUUAGCUUUGUGGAUACCUGGAGGAAGAAUAUUCCAGGCAGAGCCAGUGCAAACUCCCAAAGAUGAGAACCUGGCAUGUAAACAGCAAGCAGUGCUGCAGGGCUGGGAGCAAAGUACUGGAGGACCUCCCUGUGGGCUGGGGGCCUCCAUCUUUAAGAGCUCAAAUAGAUGGGAAGGGAAGCUGUCAAAGAAGAUUGAGGAGAAGAGCCCAACCCAGUGGUAGGUAGAAAAUGUGCCACAGAAGCCAAGAGAAGAAACUGUUUCAAGAAAAAGAGGCUGGUCAGCUGAUGCUGCUGAAAGGGUAGGUGUGAUGAAAACCACAAGUGACUUUAUAGUGAAGCACAAGUUUAUUUUCUAUGUCUGUGAGUCUCUCUGAUCUGCAAAUAAGUUCGUCUGUCUUUUUUUUAGAUUCACGUAUAAGUGACAUUUUUCAAGUAUGUAAAGCCUCCUCCCUUUCCCCUUCCCCAUCUUCCUCCCAAACUGCACCCAUUUAAUUGCAUCAAUACAUAAUCAGCUUGGGUGGGGUUCAUCAGUAAAAGCUGGAGAGUGAAAUCGCUUUGACACAGUGAUUAAGAGAACAGACUUUGGCUAUGAACCUAGGUUUAUAUGUUGGCUCUGCUCUUUAUUAGAUAUGUGAACUUUGGUAAGUUACUUAACCUCUUUAUGCCUCAGUUUCUUUCUUUCUUAAAAGGAAAUAAUGAUAAUGUUUUAUAAGAGUUUUGCAAGGGGUUAAUUCAUCUAAUCUUCACAAUGACCAUAAUUACAAGAUAAAUACUAUAAUUAAACCCAUUUUACAGAUGAGAAGAUCAAAGGAGAGGUGUUAAGUAACCUACCCUAGGUUAAAAAUCUGUUAAAAAUAGAUUUACUAUAUAAUCCAGCAAUUCCACUUCUGAGUAUAUAUCUACAAGAAUUGAAAGCAGGGUCUCAAAAGGAUACUUAUACACCCAUGUUCAUAGUAGCAUUAUUCACAAUGGUAGAAGCCAAAAGAUAAAAGCAACCCAAGGUUUCCUAGACAGAAGAAUAGACAAACAAAAUGUGGUAUAUUCCUACAAUGGAGUAUUAUUCAGUCUCAUGGAAGGAAAUCUGACACAUGCUAUAAUAUAGAUGAACCCUGAAGUCAUUAUGCUUAAAGUGAAAUAAGCUAGUUACAAAAAGACGCUGUGUGAUCCCACUUAUAUGAGUCACUUAGAGUAGUCAAAUUUGUAGGGACAGAAAGUAGAAUGGUGAUUGUAGAAAAUAGAAGGGGCUGGGGGAAGAGUGAUAUGGGGAGUUGUUUAAUGAGGACAGAAUUUCAGCUUUGCAACAUGAAGAGUUCUGGAGAUUGGUUGUACAAUACUGUGAAUGUACUUAUUACUACUGAACUGUACACUUAAAAAUGGUUACCAUGGUAAAUUUUAUGCUAUGUAUAUUUUACCACAAUUGAAAACAAAACAGAUAAACAAAAUGAAAACAAACAAGGCAAAAAGCCACCAGUCUUGUAGAGAACAUCGUGAUUCUGUACUGUUGAGAGUGACAGAGAGUUUGAUGCCUACUGGGUGGGGAAUGCAUGAACUCAAUCAUUGACAAGCCGAGGUACAGUGUUCUUUCAUGACCCCAAUAGAAAUGCCUAGUCAUUAGCUAAGGAUGCAUCUUGGAGGUUGGUGACCUGUACUGUGGAGGUUCUAGGAAGACAAAGCAGUAGGUAGCCCUCUACUGCAAAGAUGGAGUAGAUGGGGGAGGGUGGAGAUGAGGACAGAGGAAACAUGGAAGACGCCUGCCAUGAUCCUAGGUUAGAAGAAUGGUGACGGUACUGCCAUGUCCCAGGAAGGGGAAGCUGGAGCCUGAGCAGUGGAAGAGGCAAUUGUGGGUUCAGUGAUGGAUGUGUGAAUUCUGGGGAUAAGCAGAGCUGUCUUGUUGAUGGUGAGUUUGAAGUCUGAGAGAGUGAUUGGGACUGAGAUGUCUCUUACUGAGCAUGUCCUCAGCUGUAGCCUCUGAGAAGUGGUUUCCUCCAACAUUCACUGUGCACAUGAACAUUUCAGAGCUCCUGAGAGUGCUUUGGGAGAGGGAAUUGCUUAACUUUGUUUAACCUAGGUUUUUCUAAAUUCAUUUGAAUGCCCAACCCCUUUUUUCCCCCAUAAAACCUAUUAACUUACUGAGGACCACACUUUAGGGAAUUGUUCACUAGUCUAUACAGAUAUUUUUCUGUUGACAAAGUAAAACAAAGGAGAAACUGGUUAGAAGGUUGAUAGAUCUGUGAGUAUUCAGUGUGUCUUAAGUCACCAAACCAGAGUGAGGGAAGUUCCAGAAACCUUGGCCUGACUUGGGGACUGAGGACACCGACCCCUCUGCAUGGGUAGUGUUGGGGAAGGCUGCUGGGGGUUUUGAUCAAAGACAGCUUGCUGGUUUGGCUUUCUACCUACUGUACAUGCGCCAGUAAAGCCCUGAUCCAAUCCCUCCCCUGGUUCUUUUUUAUCCUCUGCAUUGGCUUCUUGUCCUUGCUUUAUCAUUUGCAUAACUAAUGCACACAACACAGAGUUCCCGCAAUUUUAAAGACAGCUGGCCAGCACAUCUUGGAGGUUGAUGUCAGGAAACAUCUGGAAAAGGGCUAAAGUUACUGCAGCCCAACUGAGAACAAUGGAAACACAUUAAUAUGGAAAAUUCAGUAUGGGGGAGCCUGUGUACAUAAAAAUGGCUGCCAGGCUGACUUACAAAAGCCUUGUGCAAAACCCUCUUGUUAGUUUGGGCAUUGAUGCCACUGAGUUAUUGAGUGAUAGGCCAGUUAAAACUGAAAUAUUGCCACCCUCUUUGGGACCCUUCUCUUUGAGGCUUUUUCUUAAAAGGCUUCCUAGAAAUCCUGCCAGCUAAUAACCAAGAUACUCUUUUCUGAAAAUUCAUGAACUAGUAUUUUAUUUUGUAAUAAUAACUUUAAGCUAAUCUCCCUCUGUCCUCAUUCUCUCUCAAAAUAUAAAGAUAUAAAAUAGAGUUCUCAUAUACAUAUUUUGCUGUCUCUAAGAAGUCAGUGUUGGUAGAAAUAUUGAACUUUACAAAAACUGUGAUUGAAAUAUUUAAAUGUGAACACUAUAUCCGAAGGCUGCCUGGAAUAGGGGUUAAAAGAAUGGGUUUUAGAGUUUGGAUUCUGGCUUCUCCUCUUAACCAACUGUAUGUGACCUUGCUAAGUUACUUAAUUAGUAUAAAUUAAUCUGUAAAAUUCUGUCAGCUAUUUCGGCCUAUUUGGACUGUCAUGAGAAGUACCAUGCUAAUGUGUUAGAAGUGCUUAGUGAGAUGCGUGGCCCACGUUAGCUACUAUGAUUGUAAUUUUGUUGCUAUCCAAGGAUUAAGAAGAAAUCCCUGCUCUAUUUCUCAAUUCAACUCUAACACAUUGAGCACUUGCUUCCAGUUUCCUGUCCUAGAGAUGUAUGUCUUAGAAUUAGGAUUUCUCCUGCAGAUGUUCCCCUAGAGUUCUACCUACUGUUUCACUAUUUUAUAGAAACCAAAGUGGUAUUGUCUCUUGUGUGGAUUAAUAAUUACCAUCUCAUUGCAUCUCCCAAUAUUUGGACUCUUGGUCCUUUGUAUGACACUUGCUUUACCCCUCUGAAAGCGGGUUGGAUUUUCUCCUAUCUUCAGGGUUCUGAAAUUUCUCAACGAUGUGCUUUGAUGUUGGUCUGUUUUAAUCCAUUGUACCAGGUACUUGUUGGGCCCUACCAGUCUGGCAGCUUGUGUUCCUUGGUUUUGGAAAUCUUUGUGAAUUGUUGAUUUAUUAUGAGUUCCUCCACAUUAUUAAUUCUUUUCUUUCUUUCUUGAACUCCUAUUUAUUAGAGUAUUGGACCUUCCAGACUGAUCCUUUGAUUACUUUCUCUCUUAUUCCCUGUUAUCUUUUCUUUGUCUUUAUUUUCUGAGAGUUCCUCAACUUUAUCACCUUACACCUUCUCUUAAGGUUUUUUAACUCAUAUUUUAAAUUUCCAAGAGUUCUUUUUUGUUCUCUAAUGAUUCUUUUUUUUUUUUUUAUAGCAUCCUAUUCUUAUCUUUUUACUUCUCUGAAGAUGUUAAUGAUAGCUUUUUUGGGGGGUGAGGAGGAAGCUUAUGUUUUUCUUCCUAGUCUGUUUCCUCUCUAGUUGAUUUUUUUCUCCUUGUGUGUUGUCUCUCUGUAUUCCCUGGUAGAGAUUUGCUGUCUUCAGAUGUCUGGUAAUCCUUACCCUUCACUCAUAUUUUAAAGCUGAUGGGAAAUUGUGUCAUGGAUAAAGCUUGUCCAGUUCAGGCUUUACUCUGAGGGGAUCUGCCUGGGCCACUUGUAUGAGGGGAAAUGUCAUUGCCCUUAGGUCUUUUUUCUUGGUCUUAAGUUUUUCAGAGAGGAAAUGUCUGCUUUCCUGCGUAGGGGGCUUAGUUAUACCUGGCUGCCACUGUUCUGGAAGUUAAAUGUGGACUGGGAAUUACAACACUUCAUUAUACAAACAUUUUUUUUCAAACCUCUUUGCUUUCAGUAUAGUAUUCCCAGUCUUAAUCAUGCCUUGUGCCCCUAAUUCUCACUGAAAGACCCUCAUCCUCUGCAGAAGGAAACUUCAGGUCUUCUCUUCUGGAGAAAAGCAGCUGACCAAGCUGCAUGUGAGAAGUGGGCUUUGGGGUGGCCUCUCCUGGAAACUGAGUUGCUUCUUGGUUUUCCUCUCUGCUGGUUUAGGGUUUAGCUUUCUCAGUUCACUAACUCAGAUACUAGUUGUCCUGUUUUUCAGCCUCUGACGUUUUGUUGCUAUCGUUAUUUCCUCCUUUUAGUUUUUACAAAUCUCUUUAAUUCUAUUUUAAUGGAGAUUUGGGAGAGGGGUUAAAUGCAUUUGUUCAGUUAGCCAUCUUUAAUCAGUAUUUUUUUAAAAGAUAUUCUUAAUAUAAUGAUUUGUUCUGAAAAAUUAGAUUUUCUGUGCCAGAAUUCCAAGUCAAAGAAUUCUGAUGAGAUCAACUAAUCUAUGUAGAAUAAUUUUGUAAAUGUAUUCAUUAACUUCCAAACAGUUUUUGAUAUUUUGGGCAUUAUAACUGCUGCGUGGUAAAUGUUUCUGUUUGUUGGCAAAACUCGCUUCGGUUGCUCAUCACCUUUUAUGUGGUUACAGAUGUAAACAACAUGUGUGCCCCAGAUGGGCGCUGAAGUCCAGGCUCCCAGUUUGUGACACACUCCUUCACACCAGAGGCUUCCAAAUAUAAGUCCCUAAAUCCACUCAUUUCAGCUUGGAUCCUGGCAACUCGAAGAGAGAAAUCUCUGAGUGACUAAAAUCUCUAUAAUGAGAAAACCUUUACAUUCAUUAUCUAUUGUGCUGUGAGACUUUAUAUUCUACCUUCUUUUUGUUGAGUGAGGUGUGGGGAGAAAUGUGGAGUUAGGGUGGAGUGGAGGCAGGGGUGUAACAAGAUGAGUAACACACAAGCUAGGAUUUAGGUCCGUGGUAAAUGCUAUGUGCCGGAAUGAGGAUUCCCACCACUGAUAUCCUCCUGGCAGAGCUGAUUUCACAGGGGGUGGCUCAGACAGUAACUUGAGUGGGUCUGGACUGUGUGGCAUGUGGCCAGUCUCACAGCAAAACAGAAUCAGCAGAGCUCAGAAAUGCCAUGGCCAGCCUGGUAAACAGUAGUCAAAACUGAAGUUCCUUAACUGAUUUUUGACCUCCAUAGGUUAAAGGAAGACUAAACUUGCUUGUUAUUUUAUUGGUCAAUCAGAAUGUGUCUGAUAGCAUUUUUUUUGGUUUGCAAGGGCGAAGUUGAGGAAAGCUGCUUUUGAAGAUCUAAGAAUCAUAAUAAUUGCUUUUCCUUAGUGCCUACUAUUUGCUGGAUGCUUUACAUACAUAGUCUCAUUUAAUCCUCUCGAACAAUCCUGCGGUGGUUUUAUUACAGCCAUUUUGCAUGAAAAAUCUUAAGUCUUGAGAGGUUGAGUAACUUACCUGAGGUCACAAAGUUAUUAAAAAUUAAAGUGUACUUAAAAACAGGAUUUUUAGAAUUUUUCUCAGAAGUUCAGCAUGAGCCAGCCUGCUAGGCCCAGCAGACAAUAGACAAUGUUCAUAAGACUUUUUGUAUUGUUUGUGCAGUGUUCAUUUUGAAUGUCAGGCACAUUUCAGAUGUGCCAAGAGAAAACGUAGUCUAUUCUUGAUGAUAUAUAACAAAAUAAAAGGCAAACUUGUCUGUUCUGUAAUGCAAGUAUAUACAAUUUUGUGACAGUGAUCACAGCCCAGCAAAUCACCUUCCAAUACAGAUACACAGAUGACACAAACACGGGACGCAGAAGGAGUCAGCUGAGGGUGCUACUUACCUGGGCUGCCUUCUUGUCUAAAACUAUCCCUGCCUAGUAGAAAAACUACCAAGAUUUGGAGUCCUGUGUUCCAGUCCUGGUGUGGGUGCUCACCCAGGUGUAGUAGGCUUGUCACCUAUGAAGGAAACUCAACUUUUGCGAAUACCUAAUGUGUGCAAGGCACAAUUUUUCUUUGUGAUUUACUUGUUUUUGUGAAUAGUCUAUACAUGUCCAAGGGUUCUGAAGGAUACCAAAGUUAGACUCCCUCUCUCCUUGGCCCCCAGCUUUGUGAUUGUCCUUCUUGGAGUUAAUCAUUGCUAACAGUUUUAUGUAAUACUUGCAGAGGUACCAAGAACUUUCUAUACAUUAUGUCCUUAAGCCUCUAGGUUGUUGCUUCAAUUUAAUUUAAUUUAAUUUUUUUUAUCUUUUCUUAGGAUUUGAGGCAGGAAAAAGGCCAGUAGUAUGUGCUUAGCCUUCUUUUCUUUUUGUUGUUGAAGUAUAGUUGAUUUACAAUGUUCUGUUAGUUUCUAGCCUACACUUUUUGUCCCCAUUUUACAGAUUCCAAAACUGAAACUGAGUGAUUGGAGUAUAAUAGUGGAUUGGACACAGCUGAUGAGACAAUGAGUGAACAGAAUAGAGGGUAAGAUAUAGUUGGACUAUAGAGAAAAGUCUAACAUGUGUUUCUUGGAGUCUCAUAAGGAGAAGAAAAGAGUCUUUCCUUUCCUCUGGCCUUCCUCAUUCCUCUGGUCAGUGCCUUUAUUCUUUUGAUGAUACAAGCUCAAAAAUUAAGAGGCUGGGUGGCUGAACAACAUGAUCAAGAACCCCAGUUGUUCCCAUCUUUCUCUUCGUCCAUCUUCAGGCCAGCUGCACUUCUGGUUAUAAGAUGGCUGCCAGAGAUCGAGGCAUCACAGCCAGUCUUCCAAUGUGCAGAUAAAGUGGAAGGCAUCUCCUCAUGUACAUCUGGUAGGAAUGAAGACAUCUUUCCUAGAAGUCCCUAGCAGACGUCAUUGACCAAAACUUGGUCAUAUGCUCAUUUUUAUAAUAGCCAAGGAGUAUAAUAUUAUCAUAAAUGGCUUGCCCCUGAGCUAGGCAUAAGGUCAUUAUCCCUGAGGUAUGGAUACCCAAAUAAAAUUAGUUCUACUAACUAGAAAGGCGUGGGAAAUAAAAAGAAGGAAGAUAGGUCACUCUAGUUUCCUCCUACCUCCUUAGUCCAAGCCCUUGUAACCUCCCUCAGGGACAAGUAUAAGAGCUUCCUAACUGGUCUCCCAAUAUUCUUUCCCACACAGCCCACCUUACACAAAGUUGCCAGAUUCAUCUUCCAGAAACACUGCCUUGCCACAGUGCCCUUCUGUUAAAAAAAUGUCAUUGGUUCUCCCUGACCUUCAGAAAAACAUUCAAAUUUAACAUAGAAUUUUCAAAUCAUAAAACAUAAGAGUUGAAAGAACCAGAGAGCUUGGAAUGUAAAAGGCUGGCACCAGAUAUAUUAGCUUUCAGCUGUACUAGAAAACAGAGAUACGUGUUCUCUCCUAAAUAUUUAUUUUGUCUAACCAAAGGCAUGACCUACAGAAAUCUCCCUAAAAGAGCAAUCUUCCAAUUGGGUUAAGCAACUUUGAAGAAGUAUAUGUACACUUUUUUUUUUUUAAACAGCAUUAGUUUCCAGGUUUUUUUUGUUUGUUUGUUUAUAUAUAUAUUUUUUCAUUGAAGUAUAGUCAGUUUACAAUAUUGUGUGGAUUUCUGGUGUACAGCCAGUUUCCAGGUUUUCAACUUAUUCUUUCUGAAAACUAGCCUUAUGUUUUAAUACAAAUUCUUUAUUUUCAUCCUCCAUUUCGAAGUAAUCUCUGUUCUCCUUACUCAUCCUGAAUCUUGCCUUGGAAUAUUGCCUCCAGGAUCUUGAGAAGCUCUGGGGAGUGAGGGAAGAGGCAAACAAAGGGAUGAUUUGAAGUUUUGAUUUUGGGAAAGCCUCCUUUAUGAUUAAGGAAAAUACCAGACGGGUCUUUCCAUGAAGGGUGAGGUGUGGCUUUAUACUUGGGGAAUUUGGGCCUGUGCUAGAAGCUCUGUAUUCAGAUAGUUGUGGAGUGCAGAGGUGAAACAUCUGAUCACUGUCAAAAAAUGUGUAACUCUUGAGGGAGAGACCCAUGACCACAAAGUAAAUAACAUUUGAAAUGCUGAAAAUGGUGUCUGCCAUUUGUUUUCAGUUAUUGUCAAAAUUCCGUCCUGGGUGGUGUCAUUGGUUGGAAAGAGUCAUCCCCGUGAGAGGGAGCAGUACAGGUUUCUGGUGCUGAUGCAGGGCUGAGGGGCAUAAUUGAUGGGCACACGCUGGAGUCUCUUAUGUGUGUUCAAGUGCUGUCCACAUUCACUAGAAGAGAGUGUGAAUGAUGCUGUCUAAACUUCUGCAAAUUAGGGGGUGAUAGGAAAAUUCUUUUUAAUAUAAAUAAAAUGUUUUAUGAGACUGCUGUAUUCUCUACUAUACUAGAUAAAACUCAUGGAUAAAAUUUCACAUGCUUUUUUUUAUAUAAGGUGGGUAUCACUGAAUAGAGUAAUAAAAACUUACAUGUAUGAAAUUAUAUCAUGGAAUGUUUUUACAGUGGUAGUCAAUUCUCAUCUUAUUUACUCUUUUAAAAUAUUAAUGCAAAAUAAAAUAUAUGCUAGCUGCCGAAUAGUUUUUAGCAGUUGAUAGUUCUUCUCUUUCAUUAAACAAAUAGGAAAGUUAAUAAGUUUUUAAAACCUUAAUAGAUUAUAUUCUGAUUUUUAUGUGUGAUUUUGAUUCAGUUUUCUCCCCCAGAGUCCAUUACCUACACACAUGUACAUUUACCAAAGAAAUACUAGGACUUGCAUUAUUCCUUACCUCGUAAGUAACUAAUAUUUCAGCCACAUUUUAUUGUAUUAUUACAAAUUAAGUAAUGAGAAAUAGCAUUUUUAAAUUGUUUUAUACAUUUUAAAUUGGUAAAAUAAUUACAUUAGCUCUACAUCCUGAUGUAUGACUUUUAGUAAUUUAUCUUACAAGGCGUGUUCCAUAAUUUCUCUGUGGUUUCAUACUAUUCUUCAAAUUGCAUUUUAACUUGAUUUGAACUGAUAAAUAAAUUUAGACUUUUUCCAAUGGAAUACAUGUGUUUACCUGAUUUAUCUGAUUGGUUUGACAGUGAGGACUGCCUUUUCCAAUUAGUCUGUAUGGAAAGUAUUUCCUAUAAGAGAAAUGAGCUAAAUCAGUAGCUACAAGCUUUUGACAAAAAUAUUAUUUAAAAACUAGAAUUUUUUUGAAAAUAAUAUACUGGCAAACAUAUUUUUAAAAUUUUUUCAGAGUAUAUAAGGCACCUCUAAUUGGAAAAGAUUAGAGGUAGUCAUUUAAAUGACUAAAUCUUAGUAGAAAUGUUAGCAAACCUCCCAGAAAUUGCAGAAGUAAAUGGCUUUUGUAACUGGGUAUCAAAUCAUUUUGCAAGUCAGUUUGUUUCUAAUAAAAAAAAACUUUCCAUAAAAUUGAAGGAGUCCUCAGUUGAGUUGUUAACUGAUGGAUUAUUAAAGCAAAUUUUUUUAUGAUAGAUGAUAAAAUUAUUUGUUAUAAAAGUAUGACGUUCACAUAAUUUAGUUAAGAUUGCCUUUUUAAAACGCUUCGUGCAUUCUCAUCCUUUUAUUUCUGUAAAAUUUUCUUGGCGGUAAUGUUUAUAAAAAGGAGUGAAGAUCAUUUUGUAAUGUAUAAAAUCACUGUUUUGUGCACCAGAAACUCAUAUAAUGUUGUAGGUCAAUUAUACUUCAAAAACAAACAAACUCAUAGAAAAAGAUACCAGAUUUUUGGUUACAAGAGGAGGUUUAGGGGUGGGGGAAGGAGGAAUUGGAUGAAGG